UCCGUUAAACGGAAUAACGGUAUUUUAUUGAUAGUGUCAAUGUGGUGUAGCGAAGUUAAUCAACCUAAUGCACAACAACAAUAACUUGUGGUAACUUUAGCUAACUAGCCAGUGGCCAAUAACUGCCAAUGAAGACGGACUGGCUAACUUCGCUGCUGCAGUUUUAGAUUACUUACCAAUUUUAAAAAGAGGAUCGCUAUGCCUUUCUUACUGAGUGGUAUGACCCGACUGCAGCUCUCCUGCGGCGCUACCAACUGUUCUACUACCCUAAAGACAGCUCAGUGGAAAUGUUUGAUGUAAAAAACCAGAGAAUAUUUUUGAGAAGGACCAAAUAUGAAGACCUCCAUCAAGAGGACCUGUUCGUUGGGAAUCGAGUGAAUGUGUUCUCACGACAGCUUAAUCUGAUUGACUAUGGAAAUCAGUACACAGCAAACAAACUGGGCAGCAAAAAAGAAAGAACUCUUGCUCUGAUAAAGCCGGAUGUAGUGACAAAGAUCGGAGAUGUCCUUGAACUGAUAUACUCCUCCAACCUGAUUGUGACCAAAGCCAAAAUGACCACGCUUACAUGGAAGCAAGCGGCAGACUUUUAUGUGGAACAUCAGUCAAAGCCUUUCUACAAUAACCUGGUGCAGUUCGUGUCCUCGGGCCCUGUGGUUGCCAUGGAGCUGAUGGGUGAUGAGGCCAUGUCUAUCUGGAGGAGGCUCCUGGGACCUGCAGACUCUGCUGUGGCGCGGAAGGAGGCACCGCAGAGUGUCCGUGCCCAGUUUGGAACAGAUGGCAUCAAAAAUGUUGGUCAUGGCUCUGACUCACUUGCUGCAGCAGCAAGAGAGCUUGAAUACUUUUUCCCGUCCACAAUUGGCCAUGGUCCCUCUAAUACAGCCAUCUAUACAGACUGCACAUGCUGCAUCAUCAAACCUCAUGCCAUAUCAGAAGGUCUGACCGGCAAGAUCCUGAACUCCAUAUCUGCAGCUGGAUUUGAAAUCUCUGCCCUUCAGAUGUUCAAUGUAGACCGGGCAAAUGCAGAAGAAUUCUAUGAAGUCUACAAAGGUGUUGUCACAGAGUAUACUACUAUGGUCACUGAGCUGUGUUCUGGGCCCUGCAUGGUCCUAGAGAUCCAUGGCACUGACACACCGCAGUCAUUCAGGGAAUUCUGCGGACCCGCCGAUCCAGAAAUUGCACGGCAUCUUCGUCCAACCACUUUGCGUGCUCUUUAUGGCAAAGACAAAGUGAAAAAUGCAGUGCACUGUACAGACCUCCCUGAAGACGGUGUCCUGGAGGUGCAGUAUUUCUUCAAGAUUUUGGACGGGUGAUCGCAACCAGAAAACACGAUACUACAUAUUGACAGGAAUCACAGUUGUCUCAUUUUUCUGUUUAUUGUUUCAGCCUUUUGCAGAUUAAAUAAAGUGACAAGAGCAGACUCCUGACAAGUGUUUUGAUCUUCAACAUUGAAUUAAGUAUUUUCACACCAACUAAACAUCUUAUUACACGGGAUACUGCAUUGCCUCUGAUAUUCUUCUAUUUAACUUUUUGACCAGCGACUUU